GUGUGUCGUGUUGCGAAACUCAAAUGAGCGUAACAAAUCUGAAAUUCCGGCCAUUCUAUAAAUACUUUUCGUCAUGGACAGCCACUCGAACAUCAGGUCUCUUAAAUCCCUACCUUCUUACAGUACUUAUUGGCGUAUGCUUCAGUCCUCGCACAUGAUCGCAUGCAGAACCUGACCCCGAGACUACUUCUUGUCUAUCAACGUGGAAGUAUCAAUGACCGAGACAGUUUCGUCAGACUUCAUCCACCGUUUUCCCAGAACUUCGAACGUAAAUGGGAAGGAGAGACCGAGAAUCUGGAUUUGGCUCAUGUUGCACAGAUAUUUCACUACUGUGAAGGGCGAGAUCAAGACAGUCUGACGGUGGCGCAUGAAUACGAACAUUUAUUGUGUUCAUUCUAGAGUGUUCGUGCAGCAUCAGUGAACGCGAAGUAUGUUGCAGCGUACGAGCACAAUGUGGUCCAGAAUGGGACUUGUCAGAUCACACACGCGGACACUUGAGCAAAGGAAGAUGUAAUAAAGUAUGGCUGUGCUUCCCCCAUCUUCCAAGUUUCCUCUUUCGUUGUCAAGCUUGCUCGACAAGACAAGGGCAGGUCUGCCGUCAUUCUCAUCUACGCUUCUUCCAGAAAUACCGAAGAUAGCCCCGAUAUACAAUUUGAGGCUCAGGGCUCAGCUUUUAACCAGGAUAGGCCUUCGUCUAUUGGCGAGUCGAUCCCGGAUCCCGUCCGCCUGUUAACCAGGUCUAUCGUACGAUUGCCAUCUGGCGGCGUACGCCGUGUCGAAGACGAUAUUAAACCUCCGAGUUAUGAAUCCUCCAGGACUAUUCAAGCGGCACUUUGCAGCAGAAGUGUGAUUUGAGCAGCUCUCGACCCUGCAUAGUCACACUCGUACCGCUGUCUAUUGUUUGAACCAAUUUUCUCCCUGUCAUAUGCUAGGACGUAUACCGAAAACAUCCAUCGCUCGAACGUGAACGUCACAAAGAAUUUCAAUUCGAUCCUGAGGACUCCAGAAACCUAGUGUCUCAAACUGUUUUUUUAUUAUCAGCACAAUCAAGAAGCCUCCAGACGCACGAGGCAAUGUGAAUAGCAGCGGGCUAGUCAAAUUCGAGUUGAGCUCGAAGCCAUAUAGUGCACCCUAUACCCAAUGGGACUCAACCUCCCUUUCGACCUCCGUUUGGCACACGGUGGUGCCAUGUUCCUUGGUUGGCUUGUCCUUUGUUCCCUAACCUACUCUACGUUUGCUCAAAAUUUCUCCAUACCGUUGGGAUGGCGAAAACCUACUUUCGAUCUCCCAUGGGAGGACUGCAUCACACUCUCCCAAGCGUUGAUAGAUGCCAUCGCGCCUCAAGUCAAUCACUCUACUGGACAAGUGGAUGGUUUGGGCUUCGAACAGAAUGCAAGCCUGUUUGCCGCCAUCGCCAACUACGACAGACUCGUUGGCAACAGAACGAAUGAAGCUCUCGUCACGACGCAUUUGGCGAUUGUUGGACAGCAGCCAUUGAAAUAUUUUGGUCCAUCGAAGGCGAGCGGCGAACCACUUUUACGUUGUAUUUUUUGGAUGAUCACCGUUGCUGAUGCAAUGUACGGCAGCCGCUCGCAUUUUUCUUUGUUGAAGCCUGGGCUCACGAUAGCACGCUAUUGUGACGACUCUCUUGUCGCCGGCGGCGUGUUUCUCGAUAUGGACAAUAUGGAUGUUCAAUAUGUGGAUCUCUAUUCGGUUGGAGCCUUGUUAUCGCUAUCUGCAUAUAUGUUCGAAGCCACCAAUGACAGCCGUUACGUCGAUGCAGCAGGUCUCACUGCAGAAUUCGCCAUGACAUUCCUGGGGAAGCAGCUGAACCUCAGACUGAUGAAUAUGAGCUCAUGUGAAACUCGGGUUAUGACACUUCCAUUUUCGCAGAGUGUGGGAUUUGCCAUGGAAGGACUCGGUGUAUACACAUCUAUGCUGCCGAAUGCGGAUCUCAAGUUGGCCAUUCACAUGCAAUCCAUGAUCCUCGCUGUUAUUAGUAGAUAUUACGAUGGAGACGGGAUCUUUGAUGAAGACAUAACAGAUUACAAACCUUUAGAAAAUGCAGGCAUCCUCUACGUCAGAGGCGUAAUUGUGAGAGGGUUGUAUGAAACAUUGUCCAGAAUUGAUGCCAAUUCGGACCUAGCAAAGCUAAUUCGAGGCUUCUUGGCUGUACAGUUCAACGCUGUACUUGAUCUUGCUAGGCCGCCGAACAGUACCCUUUUUUCUCCAAGUUGGCGUGGUCCUCCAGUGGCCGAUCGCGUGCUACCUUGGGGACAAUUGUUGGCGCUGGAUGUGUUAAAUGCAGGUUUAAGCACAGUACUUACACCCACACCACUACCAAACGCGAGCACUUCAACUUCGCCACUACCAAGUCCAACAUUAGAUCCUUCGUCCUCUGCUUCAUCUGGGGCCCAUCUCAGCAUCAAGAGCAUCAUUGGUAUAAUCGUUGGAGGCGUUGCAUUUGUAGCGUUGAUUGUCGUGGCUUUGCUGGUCGCGUUAUGGCAGCGAUCUAAACGGAACAGACUUGUCUCUCAGCCACCAAUUGAGGAAGCUCCACAACCUCUCAAUGGUGAAGAGCAGUACCAUGUUACCGAUAUGCCGAGGUUUCUCCCUGCAAGCGCGAUGUACCAGUUGCCCUCGUCUGAGCUUGGAUCAUCCGAGACUUCGACUAUGAUGCCUUCAUCAGACAAGCGCCGCUCUGCCAUAGUUCUCAGCUACGCCUCAACAAGUAACAAUGCCAUGGACGGACCAGAUGCUCAUCGCUCAGUUUCGCCGUAUCGACCGCCAUCCGUGGAAGAAUCGAUUCCUGACCUUGUCCAACGACUGAAUCGAGCCAUGACGCGACUACCUCCUUCGGGGGCUGGUCAUGCUGAGGAAUUGGAACCUCCUCAGUACGAGUCUGAGGCAUCUCAUACGGUAUUCUAGUGGACAUGCAGUGACGCAGUACCGAGUCCACGCAACUCAAAUGUCCUUACUACUUGUCACAGUUGUGUCUCAAAUAUUGGGUUUGGUGCUCCACGCGUACAAAGUUUACGAAAGACACUAAAUAUCAAGCACCUAGCGCAUGAUUACCGAUU